AAUGGAUAAGAAAUCCACAAAACAGCAGAAGAAGAAGAUGAAUAAAGAAGAAGAAGAAGAUUGAAAUCCUCCAUUGUCGCACCGCGCUGCAAAAGCAAAGCAGCACAAUUCCCAUACUCUCUCUCUCUCUCUCCGUCCCCCUCCCUCCCCCUCCGUUCAUCUUCUCCAAUUCUCCAAAAUGGGCAUCGCCGCACAACUCUCUGUAAGCCAGCUCUGUAGCUGCGGCUUGUCCUCUGCCCUUCUUCGGCAGCCCAUUCCCAAAUUCUCCUCCUCCUUCCUCCCCAAGUCCCCCAAACUCUCCCUCCAAUUACCCAAGCUCGCCGCACCCCACGGCAGGGGAGCCCUCGUCGUAGUCAUGUCCAUGGAGGCGGGAAUCGGCGUGAUGGGCACGAAGCUCGGCAUGAUGAGCUACUUCGAGUCCGACGGCAAGGUCGUCCCUGUGACGGUUGUAGGCUUCCGGGAAGGGAACAUUGUGACCCAGGUGAAGACUCAGGCCACCGACGGGUACGAGGCUGUCCAGGUCGGGUACAGGAGGGUCAGGGACAAGAAGCUCACUAAGCCCGAGAUGGGCCACCUCCAGAAGGUCGGAGCUAUCCCCAUGAGGCACUUGCAGGAGUUCCGGCUUCAGUCAGUCGACGGGUUCGACCCGAACCAGAGGCUCGUGGUCGAUGAGAUCUUUCAGGAGGGUGACCUCGUCGAUGUGUCGGGGACCACCAUUGGGAAGGGCUUUCAGGGUGGUAUUAAGCGGCACAACUUUAAAAGGGGACCCAUGACCCACGGUUCAAAGAGCCACAGGCAGUUGGGCUCCAUUGGUGCAGGAACGACACCAGGACGCGUGUACAAGGGCAAGAAGAUGCCUGGGCGGAUGGGAGGGAGCAAGAGAAAGAUCAGAAAGCUCAAGAUUGUCAAAAUCGAUAAGGACCUCAAUGUUGUGAUGGUCAAAGGUGCCGUCCCUGGGAAGCCUGGAAAUCUCUUGAGGAUAACUCCUGCCAAGAUUGUGGGGAAGAACAUUCCGAAGAAUUAGGGCUGCUUGUUUGCUUGGGUUUGCUCUUGUUUUACUUUGUUGUAUGUUAAAUUUAAGUUAGUUUUCCUUGUGCCAUUUGGUGAGGAGUGGCUUAUAGUUAGUAUAUUCUUUUGAAAGGGAGAUGGACGUUCUAUCUGAUAGAAUGAGGAACACAUCCAAGAAAUUUAGAUGAGUAAACCGAUGGUCAAAUUUGCAUUUUAAUCCCGUCUUAAACUAUGAAUAAUAGACGAGAUCGAGAUUUUGCAGUGCC